AUGACGAAUGGAAAGGCUGACUGCAGAAAACUCGAAGCGCUUGGGUCUAGUCGCACCGUGGCUGAAUGGGCUCGCCUCCAGCCCGCCAAGGACAAAAGGUGGGCAGCAGCCUCAUCCCCUGAGGAGCUCGCGCUGCAGAGGCUGUUCGCCGAAGUGCUGGAUUUUGACUGUAAUCUCGUUGAUACGAACGACAGCUUCUUCUCCCUCGGCGGCGAUUCCAUUGCAGCGAUGCGCUUAAGUCAGCAUGCGCGCGAGACCGGUCUGGCCGUGACCGUGGCCGACAUCUUCCGCAAUCCCGGUCUCUGUGACCUGACUAUAUUCAUUCGUGACAAUCCGACCACGACGACGAUGCCGACGACAACUUACCACGACCCGCAUCCUUUCUCCCUUCUAUCCUCGCGUGGAGCUAGGAGUAGCCCUCGCCUACCCAACGAUCUAGCCGCGGGCAUCACUGCCUGGACCUGUGGUGCCAUCUUAACAUCCCUUUGCACCGUGUUCAUUGUGGAUCAUUGGGGCCGUCAAUUGCAAGCCGUGCUCGACGACAAUGUGAAGCCUGAAGCUGAUGUGCAGUCCACCGAAGGGGAUCUGGCCACCGCAUGCAAACAGGCCUACAGCGAUGAUCGUCUCCAUCGGCCAUUCAGCCUGGGCCGCUCCUUCAGGCGGCUCUUCAUCAUAUCGUCCACCCGCCGACGGCCACGCACGACUCACCACACGACUGUCUCACGCCCAGUACGACGGUGUCAGUCUACCCAUCAUCUUCUCUCUCUUCACGACCUUCUACCGGGGCGGGCCCUCACCCCCACCCGCGGCCUGAAGUUCGCCGGCUAUAUCCGCCACAUGCAGCAGCGGCGAGCAGCCGCGGAGCCCUACUGGCGCACACUCUUGCAGGACCCAGCCAGCAUUACGGCCGACUGGUUGCAGUCCAAGACCGCCGUGCCGGCCCCGCCCGCGCUGCCGGGAUCCACGCCGGCAACAGUCUUCACCACGCUCUGCGCGCGCACGCUGGCCCAGCUGGCGGGCGUCCACGACAUAGUCCUCAGCACCGUGGGCUCGGGCCGGUCCUCGUUACCCAGCGAGCUGCAGCAUGUGGCCGGGCCCUGCGUGAACACCAUACCCGUCCGUCUGCGCAUCAAACCCGAGCAGUCCCUGGCCCAGCAGCUGGCCGCGGUCCACACCCAACACAUCCAGGACUUGCCAUUCGAGACCAGCCAGCUCAGCGACAUCGCCGCGCACAGCACCGACUGGCCCGUCGACGCGCGGGAUCCCAGCUUGGUCAUCCAGUUCCAGAACCUCGACACCCUGGAGCAGGAGCAUGACUUCGGCACGGAAUCCCCCGGGACGACUAGCAGUGCCCUGGCCGCGUACCAGCAGGCGGAUCGCCCCGUGGACGGCGAGUUUCUUUUCAUCCUGGCCAAGCCCGUGCGCGGGGCGUGGGAGCUGGCCGACACCGCCAGCUCCAAGGUCCAUACCCAGGAGACUCUGGAUGCGGUGCUCGAGGCGUUGUGUCGACAGGUGGAGAUGACGGCGCGGGGCACCCAGCCCCCGGUCGACGAGCAAGACCGCACCCUCCGCCGGCAGCGCUUCACGCUCAACGACUGUAACGGCUUGACCCAGAUCCAGACCACGUUCGCGGUUCCUGACCGCGGUUCGAUCCCCAACGAACUGGACACCGAGUUCUCCUACCGCGGGGACUCGUUGAUCGCCGUGGAGAUUUCUGUUUGCAGCCGGUUCCCCUCUGGCAGUCUUGAAGACAGAGGAAGAAAUCAAGACACGUACAAGAAGCUUAACGGAGACGGGCUAAUUGACGCCCUGAAGGAGUCAGUUGCAUGA